AUGUCUGUUGAAGAAACUAUAUCGGAAGAUUUGGGGUUUAAAUUGAACACACAAGAACACGGUGUUUCUGUUUUUGAUCCAUUGGAUUUAGAGAGCCUUGGUGGUAAAUCAUUAAAGUUGCUUGCCGUUCAUGACGAUUUGAUUGUGGCAUCCAAUGGUAAGUCAUUGAAAGUUUUACUUCCUAAUAAUCUAGAAAAUAGCACUACCAUUGGUGAUGACUUUAAUAUAACUCAAUUGCACUUUGUUGGGAAUGACUUAUAUGUGUUAGAUGACGUCAACAUCAAGAAAUUGUCAGUUGAUCAACUUCGUAACAAAGACUAUUCUUUUCAAACACUCCAAUCUGGAUAUAUUGACAUUGCUCCUUCAUCUUCAGGAAUAUUGGCGUUAGAUUCAUCUUAUGAAUUGUAUUUGGAUUCUAAGAAAGUGGCCACUAAUGUGUCUGCAUUUUGUUGGACAAAAUCACUGUAUGUUUAUGCCAUAAAGGAUAGGCCGUUAGAAAUCAAGAACAAAAAAAUUGACUUGGAGGGUAUGUCUGGAUUUUACAUUGCAGAUAUGUUUGCUGUCAGUGAAAAGUAUUUAUUUGUUGCAUAUGACAGAGUUGAUGCCGAACUAGAUGACCAUGAAGUGACAACAUAUUUGUUAGAAGAACAUGAUGAUAAGUAUACCGCCAUAGAUAUUGAUAUAGCACCGGCAUUUAGUUCUACUGCCAGAUCCAUGACCAAUUAUCAUGCUACUUUAUCACACUGGCAUGAAAAUGAAAAUCUUUCAUUGAUCACGUCCUCAUUGGCCACAGACAUUGGGAUAUUGGAAACGGAAACCCUCCAAAUUUAUGGCCAGUCUGAAGAUAUUAAUCGUGCUCAAUUCCCAUUGGACGAAGAAACUGGUGAUGACUGUUCACCUGUUGGUUUUGCCCUUUCAUUGCACGAGUUUUCAUCGAAGGUGGUAGAGCCAUGUCCUGGUGUUGAUGACGUGACGGGAAAAUUACCAAGACUCUAUGUUUUACUUCAUACCGGUAGUUUAGUAUCAUGGUGGAUCUUCCACAAGGCGGGUAUUUUAAAUGACACAUUAUCAUUACAAAAAGCAGUGGAAUAUUCAAUACCAAAGGAAAUGGAACAACCACUUGGUGAAAGUUUGGCCGCUGAAGUGAAACAAGAAGAACCGAAGAAAGUUGACAAUCCAUUUGGGUCAACAGCGGCAAGUGCGUUCGGUGGAUUCAGCACUCCUAAAACUGCCAAUACUAGUAUAGCUAAAUCAGACUCGCAAACCUCACAAGGACCUACUCUGUUCGGAAAGACUUCUGCAUUUGGAAGCUCAGGUUUUGGAUCAACUGGUUUUGGAUCAAGUGAUAGCCUGAAACAAAGAGGAACAUCUGCUUUUGGAAAUACGGGUUUUGGUAGCACUAGUUUUGGAAGCUCAGGUUUUGGAAGCUCAGGUUUUGGACAAACGUCCUCAGCUGCACCAUCUGGGUUUGGUCAAAGUGGAUUUGGGAAACUGACAAUGUCCGCGUCUUCUGGAUUUGCCAAGUUUGCAAACUCUAAGAACUCAAUCUUUGGCCCUAAUGAAAAAGCAGAAUCACCAUUUGGUGAUACACAAAAGAAAGAAGCAUCACCAUUUGGUAAAGCUACAGAAUCACCAUUUGGUAAAGCUACAGAAUCACCAUUUGGUAAAGCUACAGAAUCACCAUUUGGUAAAACUACAGAAUCGCCAUUUGGUAAAGCUACAGAAUCACCAUUUGGUAAAACUACAGAAUCACCAUUUGGUAAAACUACAGAAUCGCCAUUUGGUGAUACACAAAAGAAAGAAGCAUCACCAUUUGGUAAAGCUACAGAAUCGCCAUUUGGAAAAGCUACAGAAUCACCAUUUGGUAAAGCUGUUGACUUGCCAUUUGGAAAAUUGAACAAGUCGACAGUGCCACCAUUAAAGGAAAUUACCAAGAAGGAAGAAUCACCGUUCAGAGGGUUUGGAAUGAAGGAAGAACCAACAGAACGUAAAACAGAAAAAGAAGCAUCACGUGAAACAAAGAAGGAAAACACCUCCGUUGAGUUUUCUGCUACAAAUGUACUUGCUGGUAGUCCAUUUUCAGAGAGAGCCAAAUCAUCCCUUGAUGAUUCCCCAUUCAAGGAGCUUGUGAAGUCAGAAGUGGAAGAUGAGGAAGAAGUGGAAACGGACGAGAAUGCCUUUGAGUCGGAUGUGGAGUCAGAAGAUGUAUCGUUAGAACAAUCAGAUUCCAUUGAAGAUUUGAAUCGAUUUGAAGAUGUGACUAUUCAUGAAAGUGAGCUUGAAUCCUUAAGUGAUCAAGCACAAUCUACCAAAAAGGAAAUCGAAGAGAUAAAAGAUGUUACCCAGAAGGUCAAAGAAGUAAAACUUGAAUCAAAGCCAGCUGAGUUUUUGACAUUUGCCGGGUUUACAAAACCAAUUGUCAAUUCAUCUUCAAACGAAAUUGUUAAAGAGACUAUCAAGAUUAUUGCAAACACUGAAGGUAAUUUACAAAUUGCUGCUGAGAAUGGAAAUUUAUUAAACUCGUACAUCGAUGGACAGCAAGACAACUUUGUGCCGGUUGAUAGCCUUGAGUUGGCACAAACAAGAGUACCGCUUGUUGAAAGAACGCACGAGUUGGAGUUGCAAUUAUCCCAGUUGAACAAGUUAGGCUCCAACAUUCAACAGAGUUACACUGAAAAGACCAAGAUUGACAAGCUCUACAGUCAAUUGGCUUUGAUUGCCGAGAACAAGGUAGAAAACACACCGGUGCUCAAGAGUCGUCCAUUAGAUGUGAAGGACGAUUGCAUGAGAACACAAUUACGCAAAAAGUUGGCUCAAAUCAAAAGUGACGAGCAAAAAUUGUUAACGAUGCUAAUGCCAUUGAAGGCCAAAAACUCCAUGAAUUCCCAUACUAUUGACAAUAUUGAAAGAAUUGUUUUCCAGAUUAAUGAACAGAUCUUGGAUCGCACUGAGGCAGUUGACAAUUUAGUUUCCCAGUUGGAUAAAUUGGAAAUUGAACCAAAGAAAGAAAUUACUGUAUCAUCAAAUUCUUCUAAAUUGAAGUUAAGAAGGAAGUUAAAACAAACUAAAACAAUUAUGUAUUAG